AUGAGUGGCACGUACUCGACGAACGCAAUUUUCUUUUGUUUCCAGGCAGACCUAUCCUGCAGAAACACGAAGCAGACCGUGGGCGCGAUUUACACGCGCACAAACUUCGUGACGUUGAAAUACGUCACCGACGCCUGGGGCACCAACUCGAAUGGCUUCCGCCUCGUCAUCACGGCCGUCAAGGAUCCGAAGCACACCUGCAAAGAUUUUCGAUGCACUCAAAAUGAAUUCUGCAUCGAGACAGAUCUCCUUUGUGACGGCGUGAACCACUGCGGCGACGGAUCUGAUGAGGCCACUUCCACCCUUUGUGCCAAUUCCGAGGCAUCAACGAUCCUAGGCAUGCAGACUACUUGGUUCGCCAUCGCCCUUGUUUUUCUGAUACUCAGCAUGGGCGGCCUGGUAACGGCGGCGGUUCUCUGCUUUUGCAGGCAGCGUGUUCCUACCCCGAGGCAUCCCCAUAACGCGCACAAUGCUCAGUCUCAUCCCCCAGUCAGCUUCCCAUGGAUUCCAACCUCGUCGAGGCUCGUCCAGUACGUGCCGUUUUCGCCCGCGACGAUCGACCAGUCGCCGCAGCGACCAGUUCCCGCCAGACAGUCGCUUGAAAUCAUUCGCGGACGUACCUUCGCGCGGUAUCACGGUCAAGGUGGAGCUUCCGAAGAAUCCAAGAUGACGAUCACCAACCAGGCUGGUUGUCCACCAACCUGGCGGAUUUUGACGAUUCUUCUGUUAAUCUGCGAGUUCGCCGCGGCCGCGAACAUACAACAAACGACCUUCGUCGUGAGCAACACCGUGGACGAUCGAGUCGGUAGAGAUUACUUCGUGGGGCCCUGCCUGGUGAACACCAAUCAGACCUGUCCCGAUGAAGAAGUGAUGUUCUUUCUCUAUACCGAGCACAAUCCAGACGAGGGACAGCAAUUGCUUGUCAACAAUACCGGCUCGAAUCUCGCCGACACCAACUUCGUGGCGGCGUCGCCCACGAAGAUCAUCGUGCACGGUUACAAUUCGGACAUGCAGCUGAGUUACUUGGUGAAUAUCAGAACCGAGUACCUGAAGAGGGGCCGUUACAAUCUCAUAGCGCUCGACUGGCAUCGUUUGUCGUCGGCACCGUGUUACCCCGUGGCCGUCCACAACGUGCCGCACGUGGGCGACUGUCUGGCACAGCUGGUCGACCGUCUGAGAGACUACGGUGCCCGGGAUAUCCACGUGAUCGGCUUCAGUCUGGGCGCCCAUGUACCCGCUUUCACGGCCAACGUGUUACGGCCGUACAAGCUCCCGAGGAUCACCGGCCUCGAUCCGGCGAUGCCGCUCUUCGUCACCGUCGACAAGGACGAGAAGCUCGACGCGAGCGACGCCGAGUUCGUCGACGUGUUGCACACGAACGCCUUCAUUCAGGGCAAAAUCGAGCCGAGCGGUCAUAUCGACUUUUACAUGAACGGCGGUGUCAAUCAACCCGGUUGCUGGGAGCACGGGAAUCCUUUCGGAUGCAACCAUCACCGGGCGGCGGAGUACUUCGCCGAGUCGAUCAACACGAAAGUCGGUUUCUGGGGCUGGCCCUGUUCCGGUUUCGUAGCUUAUCUGCUGGGUCUCUGCCCGCCCAGAUUUCCCGCGGUGCUCAUGGGCGAGGAUAUCGAUAGGAAGUAUCGGGGAUUUCAUCUGGUGAAGACGAGAGCGCAGAGCCCGUACGCGGACGGAAUGUUCACGGUGGAGGAUCUUUACUAGCAGAAUUUUUCCUAGUGAUCGCGAUAGUAUCUCACUUGAAGAUUUUCUCCUCGAUAUGGUGAAAAUGGUGCGAAUACAGGACUCCAUAUAAAUUGAUAAACCGUGAGAAAAGGGACAUCGCUACGAGACGUAAAAAUUCUUUCUGUUAAUAUCAUCUCGCGUGUCAGGAAGAUUUAAACAUCUCACAAUCAGUGAUGCCAAAUAUUUUAUCGGGGAAAUAUUAUUGUAUAGGUAUUAUUCAGUCGUAGUAAACUCCAAUAGAGAAUAUGUUCAAAGAUACAUAUCAAUAUGAAAAACAUAUUGAUAAAACAUAUCAAUAUGAAAGACAUAUUGAUAAAUUAACUGACGCAUCAUACACUUGCUUCAAAUUUUAAAAAGGUACUAUGUAAUCCGUAAAUAGUUUUUUCUUAAAGAUAAUGUGAUACAAUUUACAACAAAUAGACUUUGUAAGAUCCUAUUUAUUUAGAAAUUAGUUGCGGGAGUCAAUAGAAACUAUUUGUUAUAUUAUAGUUUAAAGUAAAUUAUUACACAUUAUUACUAUAAAUGCAAAAUGUAAAUGAGAAUAAAAUUAUUUCGAUAUAUUAAUAUAGAAUUAUUUCGAAUAUAUAAUAAAAAGGAAAAUGCAAUAAUAAAAGGUAGCAGAAGUAUCUUGGAUAUUAAGUGAAUUUUAUCAAUUGAGUCAACUGCAUUGAUUGAACAAAAUUGACGAUCAGUGUUGAGUGGAGUCUCGUGAGACGUUUGACGACUUCGGAAGUCGUCACGAGUCCGUGAACUUCAUGUUGCGCGAGAUCUACUAGCAAUAACAAGCAUAUCAGAUAACUGCCGAGAUUUGUUAAUCGAUGUGCUAGAGAUAAGUGGGGCAAACAAAAUCGCGACGAUAAUUCAAUUUUUGAUCAAAUGUAUAGUAUUCAAAUAAAAUGUUUAUCUGUCUAUCUGUUUA